AUGACCAUAAAGAAAAAAUAUCCAUUGCCCUGGUUCAAUGAUUUAUUUGAUCAACUUCAAGGCACAGCUAUAUUUUCGAAGAUUGACUUGAGAUCGAGUUACUAUAAGCUGAGAAUAAGGGACAAGGAUGUACCGAAGACUGCUUUCAGAUCAAGGUACGAGCAUUAUGAGUUCAAAGAUUUGGAGGACCAUGCUAAUCACCUACAAUUGGUACUAGGUUACUAUCGAAGAUUUGUGGAGGGAUUUUCUAGAUUGCCUGGACCACUCACUGCUUUGACAAAGAAAGAUGAUGAGUUUUUAUGGAUUGAUAAGUGUGAAAAAAGCUUCCAAGAAUUGAAGAAAAGGUUGACCUCAGCACCUAUUUUAGCACUUCUAGAGCCGCACAAGCCAUUUGUUGUUUUCAGCGAUGCCUCCAAAUUUGGUUUGGGGUGUGUUCUGAUGCAAGAAGGGCGAAUUGUGGCUUAUGUGCCCCGCCAACUGAAGGAUCAUGAAAAGAACUAUCACACUCAUGACUUGGAGCUUGAAGCAACGGUUUUUGCUUUAAAGAUUUGGCAACACUAUCUGUAUGUGGGUUUGUCGAGAACUCCCAGUGGGAAGAAUUCUAUUUGGGUGAUCAUCGACCGUUUGACUACAAGUGCACACUUUCUACCAGUCAUGAAUACUGACAGCUUGGAAAAGCUGACACAACUAUAUGUGAAGAAGAUAGUCAGGUUGCAUGCGAUACCCAAGACCAUUGUAUCGAAUCAAGACCCGAGGUUUACAUCCCAUUUUUGGAAGAGUUUACAGUCUGCAAUGGGCAUUAAGUUGAAGUUUAGUACCGCUUAUCACCAUCAGUCAGAUGGCCAAUUAGAGCAUAUUAUUCAUAAUCUUGAAGAUAUGUUGAGAGCAUGUGUCUUGGAAUUCAAAGGUAGUUGGGAAAAUCACUUGCCGCUCAUAGAGUUUGCGUACAACAACAGUUUUCAAGCUUCCAAUCAGAUAGCACCUUAUGAGGCUCUGUAUAGGAGGAAGAGCAUAUCACUAUUAUACUGGGACGAGGUUGGUGAGAGCAAGCUUAUUGGACCAGAAAUAAUUCAAGAGAUGAAGGACUAA